UUUAUAUUGUCUAUUUUUUUCAUUUCGAGAAUAUGGAUUCAAUAUAAAUUAUUUUAUUUAUAAAGUUGAAAAAAAAUUUAAAAAAAAAUUAUAAAAGAGCUUUUCUAACAUUUUUAAAUUCAUUUUUUAUAUUUUAUUUUAAUUAAAAUUAGUUAAAAAUGAAGACUGAAAUUUGUGCUUUUUCCGGUUCAAAAAUUUACCCAGGUAGGGGUAUUCUUUUUGUUCGUGGCGAUUCUAAAAUUUUUAGAUUCCAUUCAUCAAAAUCUGCUUCUUUAUUUUUACAAAGAAAAAACCCAAGAAGAAUUUCAUGGACUGUUUUAUACAGACGUCACCACAAAAAAGGUAUCUCUGAAGAAGUUAGCAGAAAGAGAACCAGAAAAGCUGUUAAACACCAAAGAGCCAUUGUCGGUGCUUCUUUAGAAUUAUUAAAAGAACGUCGUUCUCUAAAACCAGAAGUAAGAAAAGUUGAAAGAGAAAAACUUGCCAAUUUAGAAAAAGAAAAAAAGAGAGCUGAAAAGGCCAAAAAAAGAGCUGAAAAAGCUAAAUUAGCUGCUAAAGGUGGUGCUGGUUCAAAACUUUCUAAAACACAAGCUAAAGGUGCUUUUACUAAAGUUCAUCCCACUACCCGUUAAGAUUUCAUCUGUAAUUUAUUUAAAAUAACUAUUAUAAAUUAUUCUUUUCUUCAGUUAAUAAAUAAAUAAUGAAUGGAAAUUGGUUUUGUCAUUUGUACUUCAAUUAUUUUUUUUUUUUACUACUACUGUUACCUUUUUGAUUUUCUUG